CAUUCAUUUCCUGGAAGCCCUCUAGGCAGCACUUUCCUCUCUAGAGUGACUCCUUCUCAGAAGGCAAGGAUCCCCCCGGAAACCUUUCUCUCUCCUUUCUCGCUUUCUAACUCAAGCUCUCAUUCCCGAGUCCAAACUAAGAGACUCGCGCCUCACACUCAGCCAGCGGCUCCGGCGCCUUCCCCGCACGCCUCUGCCGCCUGGAGGACGCGGGCGGCAGCGCCCCGGCGGGCCGCGUAAAUGGGCUCCCACUUGGCCGCCCGCGCCCUGACAGGCCCCCCCUGCCCUCGCCCCGCCCAGCUCCCGCCACGCUCUAGCUGCCCAGCCACAUCUUCCUCUGCCUUCCACCCCACGGGACCAUGUCGAGACUCAGCUGGGGAUACGGCGAGCACAACGGUCCUAUUCAUUGGAAUGAAUUUUUCCCUAUUGCUGAUGGUGAUCGGCAAUCUCCAAUUGAGAUUAAAGCCAAAGAAGUGAAAUAUGAUUCUUCCCUCCGACCACUUAGUAUCAAGUAUGACCCAAGCUCAGCUAAAAUCAUCAGCAACAGCGGCCAUUCCUUCAACGUUGACUUUGAUGACACAGAGGACAAAUCAGUUCUGCAUGGUGGUCCUCUGACUGGAAGUUACAGGUUACGGCAGUUUCAUCUUCAUUGGGGAUCCGCUGAUGACCACGGCUCUGAGCACGUAGUAGACGGAGUGAGAUAUGCUGCGGAGCUCCAUGUUGUUCAUUGGAAUUCAGAAAAAUACCCCAGCUUUGUUGAGGCAGCUCAUGAACCAGAUGGACUGGCUGUCUUGGGAGUGUUUUUACAGAUUGGUGAACCUAAUUCCCAACUGCAAAAGAUUAUUGAUAUUUUAGAUUCCAUUAAAGAAAAGGGUAAACAAAUUCGAUUCACAAAUUUUGACCCAUUAUCUCUAUUUCCACCAUCCUGGGACUACUGGACAUAUUCUGGUUCUCUUACCGUUCCACCUCUUCUUGAGAGUGUCACAUGGAUUCUUUUAAAGCAACCUAUAAACAUCAGCUCUCAACAGCUGGCCAAAUUCCGCAGUCUCCUGUGCACAGCGGAGGGUGAAGCAGCAGCUUUUCUGUUGAGCAAUUACCGCCCACCACAGCCUCUGAAGGGCCGCAAAGUGAGAGCCUCUUUCCGUUAAAACUUGUCACCAGUGAACUCCCGAAAACAUGGCUGUGGAGAGGCAGUGAAACAAAACAAAACACAAAAGUCUCUGCCAGCAGCUUCUUUGUAGAAUUCUAAUUUAUGGGAAACAUUUUACUGUCAGCUUCAGUGUCACAAAGAAACACAAAGUAAACUAGAUCUCUCUCUCCUUUUUGGUUUUUUUAGUGAUAGGUUCUCACUCUCUCACCCAGGCUGAAGUGCAGUGGUACGAUCUUGGCUAACUGCAGCCUCCAGCUCCUGGACUCAAGUGAUCUUCAUACCUCAGCCUCCAGAGUAGGCAGAACCACAGGCAUGCACCAGCACACCUGGCUAAUUUUUUUUUUUUUUUUUUUUUUUAGAAAUGGGGUCUUGCUAUGUUGCCCAGGCUGGUCUCAAGCUCCUGGCCUCAAGUGAGCCUCCUGCCUUGGCCUCUCAAAGUGUUGGGAUUUCAAGUAUGGUCCAUCAUGCCCAGCUGACCUAGAUCUCUUUACUAACUUAACUUGUCUGUCUCAUAUUUGCAUUAAUGGAUAUUCACAGUUAAGCAUUGUUUGACAUAUACUAAAACCCAUGAAAUAUGUCUACUUCAACCUGGAUGAAAAUAUGGUCAACAUUGCAAACUUCAGCCUGUAUUAAAAAUUUUAUCUUGCUAUAGAGACUGGAGUAGUCACAGCUCUCAGUGAUGUUAGGUGGAAAUUUAAAUUUAUAUCUCAGAUGAUAGGAUUGUGAUGCUUUUUUCAAAACAAGUGAUUCUGCUUAAUAUUUUGUUAUUCCAAUUCAUAAAAAGUAGAUUAUGUUUUCUUUUAAGGUGAAUUUUUGCAAUGAUUAUGUUGCUAACUCUCAUUGCAUGAUACCUUUAAUAAAGAGUUAUGGGCAAUGGGACAAAGCUACUUAAGGUGUCUCCUCCACUGAUCAAAAAUAUUCCAUAUAGUCUUGGUGAGGAAUUCCUCAGGAUAUAAAUGCCUAUUUUUACACUGUAAUGAAUGAUACCAUAUGUAAUAUUCACUCAGUAAUGUUAAUAAUGAACUGGCUAGAAAUUGACAAGAUGCAAUGCCUACCAGUUUAUAACAUUAACAUGGUUUGAAACUAACAUAUUAUUUAGUACCAGUGGAGUCAGAGCUGCUCUCAGGCAUGAUGAACACGUUGCCCGUUUUUGCCUGGUGUUUUGGCAGCAAAGCAGGAAGCAAUCUUGUUUGGGUCAUUGUUCUGUCAAUUUCUGGAAAAAAUUACUUGAGUCUCAUAUAAAUAUACAAUGGGUCCAUGAAUCCUUCAACCCAUUUCCAUGUCAAAACUCAUUUUUCCUUUUAUACAUGUCCCUCAGUCUCUUAAUUUUGUCAGGUGGGGCUUGAUCUUAAUUUUUAUUUUUGUUUGUUUUUGGUGAAGGAGGAUAAGAGUGGUGUUUCUUUUGUCCUUUUUCUGGUACAAAUGGAGGGACUUAAUUAACUUAAUAACCACAUUUAAGACUUGAACACAUAUAACACUUUUGUCAUCUUCUAACAUAAGUUUGCCUAUAUUUCCUUGAUUUUGAUGAUUUGUUUCAUAUAGCUCUCUUCCUCUGGAUGUAGAUUUUUUUCUUCUUUUAGACAGACUCUAACUCUGUUACUGAGGCUGGAGUGCAGUGGCAUAACCUUGGCUCACUGCAACCUCUGCCUCCCAGGAUGAUUCUCCUGCCUCAGUCCCUUGAGUUACUGGGAUUACAGGCACACACCACCACACUUGGCUACUUUUUGUAUUUUUAGUAAAGAUGGGGUUUUGCUAUAUUGGCCAGGCUGGUCUCAAACUCCUGACCUCAAGUGAUCUGCCCAUCCCAGCAUCUCAAGUUGCUGAGAUUACAAGCAUGAGCCACCAUGCCUGGCCUGAAUGUAAAUUUUAAUUAUUGAACUUAUUCUUCAGUGUUCUUCUUGAUAGAAUAACUGAGUAUCAGUAAAUUGGGUAACGAUGAUGUAUACUGUUGUAUAAGGUGAGCUCCUGAAGAGUGAAGCUGAUAUUUUAGUCAAUAUUCUUUUCACCUCAGUGUCUACUUUGAGGCCUUUUAGAAGACUGAUCUGCAGCAAUUAUUUAAUGAAUUGAAUCUUUAAAAAUUUUUUAUUUGCUAUCUUUGGUAAUUAUCUCUCUGAAAUAAAAUGCACUACAAGUUAAUAUAACAAGUAAAAUACAUCAUCUUUUGAAAAUGGUUUCUUUUUGAAGGAAUACUUAUUAAUUGUAACUUGUAAAACCAAAAGUUCUAAUGGUUUUUAAAAACCAGUGUUGAGUGGAAAAGUGUUUCUUUGGUUUGGUAAGACCUGUGGAGAAUCCUAGUCGGGGGAAAAAGCCUGUUUUCUCAAAGAAUGUAAGUUGCUAUAUCUGGAGGGGCAAGGGUUCUAAUUACUGUCUGUGAGAGUUAUCACUUUGUAACUUAUGGUUUCUGCUGCAGUAUUGUGUCGGUUCCGUCCUAUAAAUUGCACCUUAAUAGACCAAAAAUAUUUAUAUAGCACUGAUUUCCUUGAAUAUUGUCUGUUAAUUGAUAUAUCUCCUAGAGGCAGAAGGUUUAAAUGUGUGUUAAAAUUGUUAUAUUGUCUCCUUUUUAAGAGUUGUAAAUACUAGUGUAGAUCUCUUUUGUUUCCUGCAGCAAAUACAAAAUACAUUUGUAUGGUUGUUAA